UUAUUUUUGAGAGAUAUGUUGUAUAAUUUAACAAAAACAAAAUCAACAACAGCCACGUCGCACGGUGAGAGGUACGCCGUAGGAACUCCCGGUGCCGCCCCCCUCCGUUUUCAUGGCGGAAGCUCCGUCGCUGCUCUUUCUAUGCACCGCCUUACUCAGAGAUGAGAUUGUUCACAGGGGUGACAUUCCACCGGCCGUCUAUGACCUUCCUCCUGACUUGUUGGAUACUCUGGCUUCGCAGCUCCCGCCGUUGGCUUUACAGAAUUUACAUUCUGGAAUGCCAUUUGAGCUCCAGAAUGAGGAUGAAUAUGAUAAUGAUUGUGUUAAGGGUGGGCAGAAGCGUAGAAGGCACUGUAAUUUUAAUUUAGCAUGGAAGAAGAAUUUCAAUUUACGAUGGUCAAAGCUAACUGAUACUAUCCAGCCAGUUGACUGGCAGCAGAUAUAUUGGGAGAGGCACUUGCAAAGUUGCCUAGAUGAAGCAGCAGAAAUAGCCUCCCUACCAUCUUUUUCUAAGUGUAUUGGAGAAAUAGAGACGUCAGAUUCUAUAUUGAAAUUUAUUGCCAGCGAAGGGUCUGCUCAUUUCUGGUGUGCAAAGUAUAGAAAAUUAAGCUAUCAUUGCCAAGAAUUUGGGUGCUAUGCUCUAUGUUUGAGGCUUCAGAGUGUUCUCUGUGUUUCGGAAAUUUGUCAUGUAUUAAGGAGCUGCAAGUUGCAGACUUUGGUGUUAAGGUGGAUCAGAUUCCAGGGGCAAGUUGAUGGAUUAUGCAAACUCCUAAAUCAAAACAGGGAAACUUUAACUUCUCUUGAACUCAUUCAUUGCAAGCUAUCUUCAACUUCUGUUAAUUCAAUUUGUGAUGCUCUAAUCCAUAAUAGAAAAACACAUGAUAUACUGCACUUCUCAAUCAAUGCAUCAUACUUUGAUGAAGCUGACCCUGUCGCACUGCCAUCGGGACUGGUAUCAUUUUUUUCAUCGGGAAGGUACUUAUAUUCUUUCAAACUAUGUGAGAACAACCUGGGUAAAAACUUUGGAAAACUCGUCUUUCACACUCUUCUCGAUGCUUCAUCUUGUUUGUCUGUCCUUGAUCUUUCAGAAAAUAAUAUGGCAGGAUGGCUCUCCAAUUUUAAUAGGAGAUCUUUGACUGGCAUUCAGGCGUUUUCCAUGGUUGGAAAAUCCUUGCAAUCAUUGCGUAUACUCAAUUUAAGGGGAAAUGAGCUAAGGAAAGAUGAUGCAGAUAACCUAAGAUAUGCUUUGGCUCAUAUUCCAAACUUGGAGUUCCUGGAUAUAAGUGAUAAUCCUAUUGAGGAUGAUGGAAUCAGGAAUUUAAUCCCCUAUUUUAUUGAAGCUUCUGAAAGGAGCUUUCCCUUUGCUGAUCUGAAUUUAGAGAACUGUGAGCUUUCCUGUGAUGGAGUCACACAACUCUUGAAUGUGCUGUCAACUUUGAGGAAACCACUUAGGUCACUUUCUGUUGCAGAUAAUAGCCUUGGAAGCUCGGUAGCAGGAGCCUUGGGCGUUUUCAUGAGGAAAUCAAUUCAAGUACUGAAUGUUGAAGGCAUUGGCUUGGGUACAUGCGGGUUUAAGGAUUUAAUUGAAGGAGUAGCUGAAGGGUCAAAUAUUGUGAACAUCAACAUAAGCAAAAAUCGUGGUGGGAUAGAGAUAGCAACAUUUUUGUUGAAGCUUUUGUCUGGGGCAUCAGAUCUUGUCUCUGUCAAUGCAUCUUACAAUCUAAUGCCCGUUGAAUCCUUAGACAUCAUACGUUCUGCCCUGAAAAUUGCUAAAGAAAGAGACAAACCCAAGCCGUGAAGAAGGAUAGGAAACAAAAGUCAGAGACAACUAGGAAAGAAGGAAAGAUUGAGAAAAAGUGACAAAGAAGUGAAAGCUCAAGUAGAAGCAGAAGCAGCCUCAUGGAGGCAAACCUGGCAACUUAAACAAUUGGAGGCCUAUGGAGGCGACAAGGAGAUAUAGCGUGAGCAGAGGCCACAAAGGACACAACGGGACAAGGAGAGUUGUGCAAUGGUGAGUGUGGCACAGCGGUGAGAGCUGUCCCUGAUAGCAGUAGCUACAAAUAGUCAUGAACACAACUCGAACCUACGAGCAUAAUGGUGCACAGCCACUUGGGAAGAUGAGCAAGGAGGAGAGGCCAUUAAAUGUGAGAGUGCUGUUGGCUGGGUUUAAGAACGUAGCUUUUAAGCUUUGAGAUGUAUGAAAGAUAUUUUACUUUUACUUUUCUUUUGUCGAGUAGUGAAUAGUAAGUUUUAUACAAAAGUACUCCACUCAUAGAUCCUAAAGAAUUUGCAAUUAACCUAAUCUGAAAAAAGAAAGAGAAAUUACAACCAUGAAAGUAUACAAGAAAAUAGAUAAUAUCCCAAAAUUUCCAACUUAGAUUUUCACCAA